AUGCUCCGACUGUCUUCUCGUAAGAAACCCUUGCCAUGGCCUGAAGCUUCCCAGGACGAAGAACUGACUGCUUUAUCACCCCAUAGUCACAGUCCCGGUGCUUUUGCCCAUCUCGAUGUCGAGAUCGAGAAGCUUGAGGGCGAAAUCGAGCAACAUGUCCUCAGGUCGUCCCGUCCUGAUCCGAGUCUCCCUAUCCGCCCUGGCUUUGGUACAGAAGGACGCAAGGUCUUGCUUUAUGCAAAUUAUAUGCAUCUCGAUUGGGGCAGUGUGGUUCUUUACCGCUACAGUCUCAGCUUCUCAACAGAUCUGGCUACUGGAAAAUCGAUCAAAGCAAAAGACCAGGAGCGGGUGGUGUCACUACUCCUCGCACAGAACUUUUCUCAAAACCGAUCCGGCAUUGUCACAGAUUUUAAGUCCUUAAUCAUCAGCAACACCAAGCUCGAUCCAUCCCUGCAGGGUUACAUCAUAACCUACAUGAUGCAAGAGGGCACCAAUACCCUGUCGGAACUCAUUGCAUACUUGACCUCCACGAGAGCCGAUGAAGUCUUGAGCUCGAAAGAAACAAUCAUUCAGGCCUUGAAUAUUGUCAUUGGACACAACCUCAAAGCGACUUCACAAAUUACAUCCAUCAGAAGCAACCAACAUUAUCCCAAAAAUCCUCCGCCGUCGGAGAGAUUCGACCUUGGGGUUGGACUAACGGCGAUUCGCGGUUUCUUCAUGAGCGUCAGAGCUGCGACAGGUCGUAUCUUAGUCAAUGUUCAAGUCAAGCACUCACCCUUCUACAACGCCGGCCCCCUUGUGCGUCUUGUGGAAGACUUCGGGGCUGCAACCGACUUUGACAGAAACAAACUCGACAAGUUCCUUGAAGGACUCACUGUCCACCCGUCCCAUCCUGCUCGGAGGAACAAAGCUGGCCAACUUGUUCCAAGACCCAAAGUCAUCAGCGGGCUUGCCACCAAGGGGGACGGAAGAAAACGUCCUCAUCGACCUAUUAUCCCUGAAUUUGGCGCAGGAGCAGAUAGAAUACAAUUCUGGCUCGACGGUGAGAAGAAAUAUGUCUCUGUGUUGAGCUUCUUCCAACAGACUUACAAUAUCACCCUCAAAUACCCUAGGAUGCCGGUCCUCAACGUCCCACCAGGUCAAGCGUUCAAGCACCAGCUGUCAAGUGAUCAGACAAAGAAUAUAAGUCCGUUCACCAUUCGUAAACCGAUCUACAACGCGCAGUCCAUUGUCCGAGAAGGGGUGGCGAUGCUCAAUUUUGGCCAAUCGGCAAACCCAACGCAUAAUGCCUUCAAUCUGAACGUCAAACCCCGACUGAUCACGGUGCCUGGUCGCGUAUUGGGUUCCCCAAACGUGAACUAUGGAAACAAGAAGACUGUGGCUACUCGAUCUGGCAGUUGGAACAUGCUGAAUACGCAAUUUGUCUCGAACGUGCAUGUCGACAAAUGGACUUGGCUUUUCAUCAAGACUAAAAGCUACAAAGGCCCAUUGAGCAAUCGACAAGACCUUGAAGCCGCCGUGAGGGAGUUUGCAUCCGCACUCUGCAAGGUCGGCAUUCAGUGCACCAAUUGCAGCCCUGGCCAAGAGGUCACUGUUCAGUUCGGAACUGGGAAAGACAUAUCAACUGUCAACGAGGAGGUGGAUAAGGCGAUUCACAAGGUUUCCUCUACCUUCUUCUCUACCUGUGCCUCUGCGCAGAAGCAAUUCGUGCUAAUAAUUCUCGCCUCUGACAAGCCCGAGCUCUAUAACAGAGUCAAAGUCAACUGCGACGUGCGAGAAGGCAUCAAUAAUGUUUGUGUGCUGGCGUCUACAUUCGCCAAAAGAAAUCCGCACGUUUUCGCAAAUAUGGCUCUGAAGGUUAAUCUCAAACUGGGAGGUGUCAAUCAGUCGCUGAACCCUUCAAAGCUCGGAAUUGCAGCGGGGGGGAAGACGAUGUUCGUUGGAUUGGACGUCACCCACCCAUCUGUCGGAUCAUUGGAUGUGGCUCCCAGUGUCGUUGGCAUGGUGAGUUCGAUCGAUCAGCUGCUGGGUCAAUGGCGAGCCAGCGUGGUGAUCCAGGAGAGGCGCAAGGAGAUGGUAUGGGGUUUGAAAGAUCUGAUGAAAAAACAUCUUGCCUUGUGGAGACGACACAACAAGGGCCUCUUGCCGGACAACAUCGUGGUCUACCGAGACGGUGUCUCGGAGGGGCAGCACCAAGUUGUCCUUGACGAAGAAGGUCCCCUGAUUCAAGCCGCGUGCGCAGAGGUCUACCCAGCGAAUGCCACCAAAGAGAAGCUCCCGCGUCUGAACAUCACGAUUGUCAGUAAACGCCAUCAUACCCGAUUCUAUCCAACAAAGGAGAAGGAGCCCGAUGGUUCCAAAAACCCGUUCAACGGAACAGUCGUGGACAGGGGUGUGACAGAAGCACGAGGUUGGGAUUUUUGGAUGCAAGCACAUGCUACCGUCCAGGGCACAGCGCGUCCCAUCCACUAUUUCGUGGUCUAUGAUGAGGCGACGACACCGACGGGUAUCCGGUUCACAAACGCUGCCGACGCUUUGGAGGAUCUCACUCACAAUAUGUGCUACCUCUUUGGACGAUGCACGAGAGAAGUUAGCCUAUGUCCGCCAGCAUACUAUGCAGAUUUAGUAUGCGACCGCGCCAGACCCUACUUGAGUGAGGUAUUUGAACCUUCGUCCGAGGAGGGGAGCCCACUAAUAAGUCAAAACAUGGUCACAACGCACCCUCGAGUUGCUAACUCGAUGUUUUUCAUCUGA